UAUCGCUAGGACACAAAGCUAUUGGGCUGAACUAAAUUUAACUAGUGCUGUGAUAAAUACUUAUGGAAUAUGCGGAUUUUAUUAUUUUGGAUUUCACUUAAAAUCUUGUUUACUUUAUUUUUGUACAAUGCAGAUGGCGCCUGCACGCUUCCGGACGCUCUGCGAGGUUCUUGGAUCAGCAGCUACUUUGGAGAAACAGAAUUUACAGACUCCAUUAUGUACUUAUCCGAGUACGAUAUUACUGCAGACGACACUUCAAGCGGUACACCCUCAAAUUUGACAUGUGAUUUCACUUCAGGGAGCUACUAUGUUUUAAGGACUACUAACAACUACACGAGUCAUUCGUUAGGCGAUUAUUAUUGGUACAUCUGUUUGGAGCUGACAUCUGUAACAGCAUAUUCCUACUACUAUUACAAUUCUAGAGUUAAUAACGCUGGUUCCGGUCUCUUCACUGUAUAUACAGAGGUCUGCAGUACAGGACAGGAUGCGGAACUUUUCCAUGUAUUUGUGAAGAAAGAUUUCGAGUCGGAGGCGCUGUCCUAUUGUGCUAAACCACUUUUGGGAGUGUUCACCUACACACACGAAUCUACGUCAUCUACAUGUGGUUUGAACUGGGGUGAUUCCUUGCUGGACGUCUGCAACAAUAACCGAACAAACAUGAUCUUUGACCACUCUCUUUGCAGCACCUCAGUGGCGUUUUCCGAUGGUGGACACUUGGGUUGUGUGGCUACUCUCAGCAACGGAAGUACUUACUAUCAGAGUGUCAUCAAUUUCGACCAAACCCUCAACACGAACCCACGGACCUACAGAUUCACCUGUUUUGUAAUUGAUUUUGAUGGAGAGAAUGUUACAGUCUCAGAAAAGGGAGAGAACUGCGUGCAAGGACAAACUUCUACUACCAAGCCAUCCGCCCCGGGGAGUCUGCUCUACCUUGUUCCUAACACAACCUGUUAUAUAGAAACUCCAACUUCUGCAAGUGUCGAGUCCGACAACACAGCGGCUAUAGUAGCUGGCGUCGUAGUCUCUCUAUUGGUUAUAGCAGCCAUAAUCGGCGCUGUACUGGGUUAUAGAUGUUACAAGAAAAAACAAGAAGACAAAGUUUUCAAAAAAAGAAACAUUGGUCCUCUUGUUUCUGUUGGAAUGGCCGGUAGUCUGAAGACGAUGCCAGGACCUUUGACUUCAGAAAACAAGUCGAACAAUAGCAUCAACAGCAAUAACAACAACAACAACGAAAACAAGUCUAAAAAUAGCGACAAACCACACUCACUAUCAGAAUUACCGCUGAAUAUUGCCAGUGAAUUGCAGGAUGUGGAGGCUGAGAACCAAGAACCUGGGGUACCAACUACUAAUAACGCAGAGCCCACAAAAACGACAAAUAUAUCGAAUGGCACAAUAACCGUAAUCGAUCUUAGCAGAAGCGAUGAUGAUAUCACCGUUACUUCAAGCCAACCAAACGGAAUCAUUGCGAAACAUAAAGUAGUUAAUGACGUAAUAAUGGAAGAAGUGAACGAAACUGUUAGAACCGAAGAUGUUAAACCCGAGAAAAAGGUUACCUUUCCGGAUGAGGUUUCAUCGGAUAAGGCUGCACCGCCAGAGGGAUUAGGAAAACGAGAAAACACAAUGCUUCCAUUGAGCGAGACUAAACCAACAUCUAGUGACACCCCAUUCAGUAAAAUCAAAGCAACAUCUGAUGACGUCAAAGCAACAUCUGAUGUUGUCAAACCAUCAUCUGGUAACACCAAUCCAGACUUGUCAAAUUUUGGGAAGGACAAAACUGGUAUGAACUCGAGAAAGUCCGAUGAAAUUAAGUCAGACGAUAUUGACAGAUCUCAUGAUACUCUGUUUGGCAAGAAUGGCGUCCUUGUUGAGGAACCUCCUGAUCAAGCCAACAUGUUGGGUCCUCGCGACCACACUCUAACUGAAAGCGUCAAUGCCUUCAUAAAAAGUGAACCAACAGAGAGGUAUAAUAUACAGCUCAGUGUAGACCGGUCCAUGGACAAAGAACAGCUUUCGAAACAUUCAGAGGGAGACAAAACUAUUGUGACAUUUCAAAAUCCAGGGAAUGCAACACAGAAACCGAAAGAAUCUUUAACCAUAUAUAAAGAUAUACCUCGAAGAGAGGCAUUGAGCAAUCUGAUGUCCAUCGCGUCCUCUAAUCCUUAUGCUCGUGUAUUGGUGCGACCUGCAGAAAAAUCCGAUUCAUAGUCGUCCAUUGCUUUUCUGACAGUUGGAAACUAAAUAUCCAUUGGUCUUAAACCUUCGUAUUGCCGACCAUUAAUAUAACAGUUGUACUAGACUUCUUUUUCAUUGAUUCAAACAUAUAAUUUGGCGAAUUUAUCAAUAUUGUAAACUGAUUUCGUUUCUAUGAACAGUGUGGAGGAUCCUAAAGGAUUGCAUUAUUAUUAUUAUAUACAUCACCCAACAUGAACAUCGUCCGUUUCCAAUGCCUAAGAAAACUAGAAAGGUGAUUUAGAUAAAUAGUUUAGUCUGGCCAUCUGAUGCUUUUAUCAAGGACACGGAACUGAAAUAUGUUGAUACACAACAAAGAAUAUUUUACACUAUACUUAUUGGUGACAUUUCGUUUUAUUUGUUUGCUUUAUGUCCUUUCAAACUUUUGGUUCUGAUAUUGAGACGCCCUCAGUUGUGAGACCUGUGCUUAGCGCACAGGACCGUAGCAGGUUUUUUUUUAUAGUGCCAACGCCUGCCGCGACCCCCGUUUUUAAGAUCAUAUGCAAAAUAGUCGUAAUUCUCACUUCUAAAUGCCGAGAGUUUGGCAAAGAAGCCAUUUCUAUCUAUGAUUAUAUUUUAUGUCUAAGGGAUCAUGACACUAACUAGUGGAGUUCGAAUUCAUGACCUUCCGGUUACGAAGGGAACGAUCUAUCUAUUGAGCUACCACGAUCUGCGAUUUGGUGACCUUGUAUACCAUACUAAUGGUAUAAGUUCGGAGCGCUGAACAUAUUUCAUGCCACAAAACCUUGCUAUAUUCGAUUGAUUGAUUGAAUGUUUUACGUCCCAUUGAGAAUUUUUCACUCAUAUUGAGAAGUCACCAGCUGUAGGUGAGACCUGUACUUAGCGCUCAGGGCCGUCGCAGUGAGGAUUCUUUAACAUGCCAACGCCUGCCGCAACACGGGACUGUUUUAAGGUCAUAUGCAAAAGACCCGUGAUUCUCACUUCUAAAUGCCGAACGUAACUUGGCGGCGGAGUGAUCACUACCUAUGUUAACGUCUUCGAUUUAACGCGGCCAUGGCACGAGCGGGGUUCGAACUCAAGACCCUGGUUAGGAAGCGAACUCCCUACCACUGAGCUACCGCAACCGAUCCUGGUUAUUUGAAAUUUUAUAAAACACAAUACUUUUGUAGAUAUAACUUUCCAUAUUCAUGUAGCAAUAUUCCGUUAACACCUGUAUAUGGUGUUUAUAUGUCUCUUAACUGAUCGGAUAUGUAAGAGCUUAUUCUGAAUAUGAUCAGUUUUUAAAUUGAGACAUGCUACUGACAAGCAAGUUGAUGUUACAGAGGUUUCAAUAUUCUCGUUUAAAGUCAGCAUUGCGCAAAUUCUAUUUUCGUUAAACGAUCUAGUUUGCCAAUACCUGUCAUUCAGUCAAAUGUUGUCUGACGUGUUUCACACCAAUUGUUGGGUCGUUCUUUACACACUGAAUUAAACUACGGAUUACUCCGUUUACCCGAACAAGAUAUAGGGCUCACGGCGGGUGUGGCCGGUCAACAGGGGUGCUUACUCAUCCUAGGCACCUGAUUUCAAUUUUGCUAUGUCCAGGUGUCUGUGUUUGCCCAACUUUUAAUUUUGUAUUCCUUAGAUAGGAGUUGUGAGAUUGAUCACUGUUCGUUAUCUUUUACACCUUUUGAUACACAAGUAUUGCUUCUGCUAUUUUAUCAAGAGCCAAGAUCAACUACAUGUAUGUACUUAAAGGAUGAAAUAUUUUGAAUAAUCCACAAAACUUUGGAAUUCUCUGUCACAAACAUUGGGAAGCAUUACUACCUGUAACCAGUUUGGAUCAUUAGCAGUUGGUAAGGAGAUUGUUGUUUUUGUUGAUCAUUCAUGUCUUUGACCAAGAGUUUAGUGCUAUGGCAUGUACCUUGCGAUGGUAUUAGAUAUAUGUAUAUUAUAUUGUGAUAUUCCACC